AUGCCUAAAACGCGUCACAGUCAUUGCGGACAUGUCUUUGUAUACCGUAUAUGUUUCAAAGUAUAUUUUUACAUUAUCCCUGAAAGUUAUAUAUUAAUCGGAUAAGUACUCGCUGAGAUAUCCUCAAAAAACCAAAAGUUAAUAGACUUUUGAGCGGUACUGUAUUUUUACAGUUUUUUAUGGUUUUCUUUGACCUUGAGGUCUUUUUCUUAAGGUGGGAGAAUUGGAGAUUGAGAAGUUUAAGAACCUAGCAAGGUACACCGAAAAGGAAUUUGAACAAUUUUCUGGAAUUCUGAACUAAAAUCGUCUUCUCAUGAGUCCUGUGCGAUAACUAGAAAAUUUCGGGUUUUCCUCAGAAGUUGAAUAGUUGUGUGGGUCUUCCUGGAUCUUCUCCAGUUCAUCAAAAAGUAAUUUAGUCAAAUUCCAGAAAAUUGUGAACCGUAUAUUAAAAAUUAACUUUGUAAGUCUGGGAAAAUUUUUUUUAGUAGCCACUAUAGAGGCUCGCCAAGAACUACUUGGAGGGGACACUAAAGUGGCCGCUAUUUUCCGUUUUAGCGGCCACUUUAGUAGUUUUUCAUCCAAUAUUUCCUCCAGUAACUCUGAUAAUUUUAAAACAAGCAGAUUGGAUCAGUUUUGAUAAUCCAUUGACCCCUAAAGUGGCCACUAACACUUUUUGUGGUCUAGUUGUAGCACUCGGAUCUUUAUAUUUGCAACUAAUAUUUAACCCCUUAAGUGGCCACUGAUUUGACUACUAUAGUGGCCACUAAAACCUCAAAACCCUAUAGUGGUCUCUAAAAAAUUUCCCAGGCCUUCUGCUUCGAAUUUUUACACUUGUUUGAGAGGUUUUUUCAACAGAUCCAUUCAAAAUUCUUCUAGGAAUCUUUCAUUUCUACUUCUGGCGCUACGGGAAAUGGGUGGAAGUCGUGGUCGACGACCGGUUGCCAACCAUCGACGGAAAACUCUGCUACAUGAAGUCCCAGGAAAAUAACGAAUUCUGGAGUGCCCUCCUCGAGAAAGCCUACGCCAAGUAAAAAAAAAAACCAAAGAAUCCUUGAAAAAUGUGAAAAUCUCAGAAUGUACGGGUGCUAUGAGAACCUGGAAGGCGGUACAACCGCGGAAGCUUUGGAAGACUUUACCGGAGGUCUUACCGAGUUUUUCGACCUCAGGAAGGUCGCCAAAACGACGGUUCUGUCUCAAAUGGUCCGAGGAAUGCAGAUGGGAUCUCUCUUCGCCUGUAGUAUUGACGUGAGGAGCUUUUUGUGUUUUUUAGAGGAAAUUUAAUGAUAAAAGGAACUUUUGAGAUUCAGAAAGCUCAAAGAAAAAUGGCAAAAAUCUUUCCGCUCUGGACAGAAUCCGAACCUGUGACCCUUUUUACCAUCUUUUUCGUAAACUCUGGGUUUUUUUAGAUUAAUUUUGGUGAGAACGGUGGUUUUCUGAGACUCAGAAAGUUUGGAAAAAAAUGGCAAAAAAUUGUCCGCUCUGGACAGGAUCCGAACCUGGGACCUUUACAUCCUCUAAUCAUGGAGUGUUUGCGAUUUUCACUCAUUUUUCAGUAUCUUUUCAAUGUGAUUUUAGUGAGAAAAAGGGUUUUGGGGGCUCGGAAACUACAGAGAAAAAUGGCAAAAAUCUUUCCGCUCCGGACAGGAUUUGAACCAAUGACCUCUAGAUGCUCAGAGUACCUUUAUUUUGAUCUCCUAAGCUUCAAAAAAUUCUGUUUUUUGUGAAUUGUUAUGUAUUGUAGUGAAAUUUUACCGGGAAAGAAGCUCAGAAAGUUGAGAGAAAAAUGGCAAAAAAUUUUCCGCUCUGGACAGGAUCCGAACCUAUAACCCAUGACCCUCAAAAUACAUUAUUUUGAUCUUCAGAAUUUCUAAAAGCUAUAUUUUCGGGCAUUUUUAUCUUUUUCAUUGUUCUUUUGGCGUAAUUUAAUGAGAGAAAUGAAUUCUGAGGCUCAGAAACUUCGGAAAAAAUGGCAAAAAUGCUUUCGCUCUGAACAGGAUUCGAACCUAUGACCUCUAGAUGCUCAAUUUACCUUUAUUUUGACCUCCAAAUCCUUAAAAAUUUUGCUUUUUAAUUUUCAUGUUUUGUAUCGUCCGUUUAGUGUAAUUUUUGAAGAAAAAGAGGAUCAGAAAGUUUGGAGAAAAAGGGCAAAAGCUGAUUCGUUCUGGACAGGACCCGACCCUAUGACCUCUAGAUCCUCAAAAUGAACUCAUUUUGGUCUCCAUAACUUCUAAAAAGACAUUUUUUGUUAAUUUUUAUCUUUUUCAUUGUUAAUUCGGUGUGAUUCUAGUAGGAAAAAGUGUUUUCGAGGCGGAGUAAAACUUGGAAAAAUGGCAAAAACUAUUCCGCUCUUGACAGGAUCCGAACCAAGGACCUUUUUAUAAAGUUUUAUGGUUAUAACUUUGUUCAAUAUGGUCAGAUUCGUAUCAAAUUUCGAUAUAUGAAAAUUUUCAGGCUGACGCGAACAUCAAGGAGCUCCAACUGUCGAAUGGAUUGAUCUGCGGCCAUGCCUACAGUCUGACCUCGCUGCACACCGUCAAGAACUUGAAGGGAAAACAGGUUCCAUUGCUCCGGCUUAGGAACCCUUGGGGCAACAGUAGGGUGAAUAUUCUGUACCUUUUUUUGAGUUGAAAAACUCGAAAAAUGACUGAAAAUUUUGGCUUCUACAAAAUUCCUUCAUGCUGAGGAAGUCAAACUGCUGAAGCGGGCUCUUAGCGGGUGUGCCCGAAUUAAACCCGUUUUUUAUCAAAGCUUCUUGCACCCGUUGUUCUGAGAGGAUUCAGACACGAAUGUCCUCAAAACACGGGCUCAAAACGGGCACACCCGUUGAGACACCUGGUCAGAUAUAUGAGAGAGUAUAGCCCGUUUUUCGGGACUUGAACGGGCUUCUCUGUGCCCUCCUCGUCUCUCGCCGACUUUCAGGAGGUCAAACUGCUGACAUGGGCUCUUAGCGGGUGUGCCCGUAAUAAACUCAGUUGGGUCUCAUAUUUUCAAAAUAAACGGAGCAGGGACACCAGUCGCUUCUUGCACCCGUUUUUUUUUUGUGAAACUGAGACUCAACCAGUCUAAAAACACGGGCUUAAUACGGGUACACCCGUUGAGACACCUUACAAGCACGAGAGAGUCUAGCCUGUUUUUCGGGACUUUAACGGGCUUCUCUACGCCCUCCUUGACUCUCGCCGACUUUCAGAAGGUCAAACUGCUGACGCGGGCUCUAAGCGGGUGUGCCCGUAUUGAACCUUAUUGGACCCGUUUUUUGCCCGUUUUAGCGAAACGGGGAAUCAAAGAGCCUCAAAAACACUAGUACACCCCUUUAGACACCUGGUCAGAGAUGGGAGAGUAUAGCCCGUUUUUCGGGACUUUAAAGGGCUUCUCUGUGCCCUUCUCGUCUCUCGGCAACUCUCUCAAGUUGACAUGCGCUUUUCGCGUUUUUCUGACCUCGCCGGUGAGGGGGCAGAGAGACGCAGACACUCGAGAGCUCCCACGGCGAUGGGGCAUUAUAGCCCGUUUUUCGGGAUUUGAAAGGGUAUUAAACCAGUAAACCACGUCAUAAAUAUUCUGAAGUACCUAUAAAACCUUCUUUUUAUUUUUUUACCCUUAUUAGGAAUGGAGAGGAGCCUGGAGCGAUGGAAGUUCUGAAUGGCGGACGAUUGAUGAACAGACGAAGGAAGAUUUGGGAAUCGAAUUUGCACAGGAUGGAGAGUUCUGGUGAGCCAUUAUCAGCUAUCAUGAGCAAUACUGAGGUUCAGGAUGACGUUCGACGACUUCUACAGGAAUUUCACUCAGAUGGAGGUCUGCAACCUGUCGGCUGCCGUGAUGGACGAAAUCGCCGAGAUGACUGGGGUUUCUUUUAAGAAUUUAAUUUGCUCUUCAGAAGUGUUUUAAAAUAGUUUUUGGGGAGUAGGGACGGGACUCAUUCAAAAGUUGGAAAAAGUUUUAAGGACAUUAUUAGAUCAGUUUUGGUUACCUAGAGCUUGAAAAGCUGGGGGGAAAGACUCGAAAAAUCCAGAAAAUUGAUAUUUUUAAGUUGAAAAAUUGUUCUGAACGCAAAAAUAACUUUGAUGUUUUUCCCGCUCUUUUUAAAAAAAGAUUAGGGAGUUUUGAAAAUGUUUUUGUAUUCAACUAAUCACCAUUUAAAUCCAAAAAAAGCCUGAUAUCGGUUUUUUUAAAAUCAUUUUUUUAUGUAGGCUUGAGCUAUAGGUUCGCAAAAGUAGGCAACUUUCGUGAUGAAAUUUCUUUUUGGUACCUCUCCAUGCUCCUUUAAUAUGAUUCCUGUUUGAGGCUGAAUAUAUUAAAUUUAUUUCACGUCUUGCGCGUUACUCUGUGCAAUUUUUGUCCAUCUGCUUCCAGCAGUUUUCUAAGCCCGACACGGCUUGGGCCUUAGCGAGGCCUCAAUCCAAAAAAGGCCGAGCGCAAGUUUUUCUUCAAAGACUUUUCUAAGAUAAAAUUCUCGUUAACAUCCCCAUUUUAAUUUAUUAAAAAAACUAUGAAUGGGACCAAAUUUUGAGCACAUUAGGUGGGACCUGAAAAGGGGACUUGGCAAAAAAAUUUUUGAUGGGAUUCGAAAACUUCCUUCGAGAAAGGGGGCAAAGACCGUAGAAAACUUGGCUCUCGCCAGGCAUGCUUAUCCGAUGUAUGAUUUGGAGUAGGGAUGAAAAGUAUUUUGAUGGGGUUCGAAAACUUCCUUCGAAGUCUGGCCCGCGCCAGCUUCUUCACAAAAAUGAGGCUCAAAGCCGGGCCGGCCCAGUCGAGCCGGAAACACAAACCAGUCUUGAACAGUCUGAAGAUGAUUAGAGUAGAAUGUUGUUCUCACUAAAAACAUGUCGAUUUCAGGUCGACGUGAAAGCUUCCCAAACCUACGUUUGGAAGGAAACGAGCACCGACGGGGAAUGGAGCACGGCCAAGGGAACUGCGGGCGGUUGCACCAAUAAUCCUCGUCAGUUUUGACUGAUUUUCAUGAAUUCUUAAGAAAAUCUUACAAGAUAGCUCUUUCUACUUUGAGGUUAAGAAUGUCCUGAAAUUCACCCCUAACACUUUUCAAUGUAAAAGAAAGAUUUUCUGAAAGUCUCAACCUGGUAAACUUCCUAGUUUUCGAGAAAAAAGGGCUUAAAGCCCGAAAAUAGCCCGUUUUAAUGGAUUUUCAGGGUCUUUUUGGAGACGUCCUUUUUCAAAAACUGGGAAGAUUUGAAGGUUGAACCUUUCAGAAUCAUUGCCUGGUACAUCCAGUAGCAUUCUGGCUGAAUUUAAGGAAAAUCCAAACCGAAAAGUGAACUGACCUUUCUUUUGAGGUGAAAAAUAGUAAAUUUGAGAAGUUUUCAAGAUUUCUUAACCUUUUUUCUUGUUGAAAUCGAACUUAGGCUGUAAAUUAUGAUGCAUUGCCCAUUUUCAUGUUGUCAUGUACCUUUCGAAUUAUUACGUUAAAGAUUCCUUCUACAACAAUCCACAGUACGCCACGUACUUUACGGUUCCCGACACGAGCCUCGAAAAAGACGGAAAGUGUACGGUAAUCGUGGCGGUCAUGCAAAAGUACAGAAGGGAACUGAAAUCGCUGGGCAAGGACAGUCUUCCCAUUGGAUUCGCUGUUUAUGCGGUAAUUUUUUUGAAUUUUUCCCUUGGCGCGAAAUUUAAAUUCUACCCAACUUGAAUCUGAAAAUCGCGAUUCUUCUAAAGUCAGAGAGCACUGGUAAACAAGAGAGCGUUCAGAGAAAAAAAGACGCUCUCAUUUUUGAACGCUCUCUAGCUUUAGAUGAUUCAGGCUCACUUAGGAACGCCAGAGUGGUCCCCUUAGGGGCCCUUGAAGGCUACUCUCCACCUUACCUCCCCUCUAGGGGGCACUUAAGCUUGCAAAAGUGGCCACUCUAGGGAGCGUGCAUACGUCUUUUCAACUUUAAAAUCAGAAUGAAAAAUUUAAAACCACUUAGGGACCACUCAAGGGGUCAGACCCUAAUCUCUGAAGGGACCACUUAAAUUUUAGCGUUGUGAGGGACUUCUUGAGCUCUAAAUUCUUGAGAAUCAUAUCCUAAAGCCCUAUAGGGACCACUUGAAUUUUAGCCCUCUAGGGAGCACUUUGGAGUUCCUAAUCAAAAUUACAAGGACGAUCAAGGAAAUAGUGAGCGAAAAGAAGAGAGUUUACAAUAGCCUAUACAUUUAUUUUCUGACGUGUUUCUUGAUGACGUCAUUAAGACGAAUUUUCGGAGAGUUUUUGAAAAAAAAAAAUUAUAGCGUCAUAUUUAAUUGAGUGACGUCAUGCUUUUGGAAUACCCUUUGAAGAUUAUGUAAAAAAUUCUAUUUUUCUCCGUUUUACUGAACUUUUUUUUGCCUAGAAAGUGAGUGGAUUUGAUCCCAUGACUUUUUUCUCAACAAUCUGAAGCCUUAACCACUUUACCAACCAUCUCUUAUUCAAUUUUCCAUAGUGCGACGGCGUGAAAUACACCAUGCAUCCUCGGUUUUUCGUCCAAACCACGCCGGUCUGCCGCUCCGGGGCCUUUAUCAACGUCCGACAGGUAGAUUCAGCUUCAGGUAAAACUCAGGUAAAAUGAGAUUUUCAGGUAACCGCUCGAUUCCGAGUACCGCCCGGCGACUACGUCACCGUUCCCAGUACUUAUGAUCCGAAUUGUGAUGCUGAGUUCCUUCUGAGGAUCUAUUCCAAUACUCGACUUAUGACCAAGUUGGUUUGGCUCAAAGCUGCCCCCGAAUCAUAGAGGCUAAGAUGCCAUCUUGCGCAAGUAGUUUUUGGUCGGGCGCCUUUGAGAAACCGCUGGAAAAAUGAAAGCAGUUUGGAGCCUUGAAUUAGCUGCGCCCGACUUGUAGCGACUUCACUGCUUCAUAUGCUAUAAAAUGCGACCGACCGCAAGUAGUUUCUUGUCGGACGCCCAUAAGAUACCGCUGCGACCUUGAAAACACAGCCAGUUGUUCGUUAGAGAUUCUGCGCCCGACUUCUAGUGACUUUCAUGUCUCUAAUGCUAAAUGAUGUCACCGAGAGAAAGUAGCUUCCUGUCGGACACCUUUGAGAAACUGCUGGGCUCAUGAAAGCAAUUUUUAGCGGCUCAAGCUCGCUGCACCUGACGCUAAAGGCUCUUACCGUCUCUAAAGCUUAAUUAUGUCGCCGCGCGCAAGUAGUUUUUGGUCGGACGCCUUCAAUUGAUCGUUUUCUUUUGAAAACCACAACUCUUUGAUGGUUAUUAGUGAGUGCGCCCGACCUUUAGCGACUUUCCGUUCUUCGAUGCUGUCAAAAUGCCAUCAAGCGCAAGUUGUUUGUAGUCGGACGCCUUGGAGAAACUGCUGUGACCUUGAAAAUGUAGUCUCCUGUUCGUUAGAAGUAACUGCGCCCGACUUGUAGCGACUGAACUGGUCCUAAUGUUGAGGGAUGCCAUCGAGCGCAAAUAGUCCUCUGUUAAACCGCAACGCGACCGCGACGCUUUGAGCCAUACCUGGCGGCGUUUUAGCGCAAUCAUUGGUACCGUUUUCUGGAAGCGUCUAUCAGAUAAAAGGGGCUUCUUGAGUCAUUUAGUGGUCACUCAAGUAGAUUUUGCGCCUCUUGAGUGAUCCCUGGAAAUUGGAAAGGCUUCCGGAAAGUGUUACCAUUGUCUGAAAGCCAUUGGAGAUUUUAAAAUUGGAUUUUUCAGGCUUCUGGAGAAGGACCCGGAUUAUUGA